GUAAGAAACAUCUUAUAUUUAACAAAGCUGGCCAAACUCUGUGUAGGGUGCUAGUGUCAUUAUCUCUCUCUCUCUCUCUCUCUCUCUCUCUCUCUCUCUCUAUCUGUAUGGUAAUGGCAGGAGGACUAGCAAUAGCAAGAGAUCCACAUGUGCAUUACAAGGGCAGGAUAACCUGUUUUGUUGUUGUUUCCUGCAUAGUGGCUGCUUUGGGAGGAGCUAUCUUUGGUUAUGACAUUGGAGUAUCAGGUGGUGUGACAUCGAUGGAUCCAUUUUUGAAGAAAUUCUUCCCGGAUGUAUACCUUAAGAUGAAAGAAGACACUAAAAUCAGCAACUACUGCAAAUUUGACAGUGAGCUAUUAACUUCAUUCACCUCGUCGCUGUACUUUUCGGGUCUUUUUGCUGCAUUGCUAGCCUCUAAAGUGACGAAAGCCUUUGGACGCAAGCUAUCGAUCCUUGUAGGCGGCAUAACAGUGGUUGCCGGUUCUGCUCUAGGUGGUGCAGCUCUUAAUAUUUAUAUGCUCAUUUUAGGCCGUGUGUUACUUGGAAUUGGAGUUGGCUUUGCGAAUCAGGUUAUCCCAAUUUAUCUGGUGGAAAUAGCACCAAGUAAAUACAGGGGAGCGUUUAACAAUGGUUUCCACCUCAGUCUUUCCUUUGGAAUACUCAUAGCAACCUUGGUCAACUUUGGAACUGAAAAGAUCAAUGGUGGUUGGGGAUGGCGAGUUUCAAUAGCUGCAACAGCUUUCCCAGCUGUUAUCAUAACUUUGGGUUCAUUCUUCCUCCCUGAAACCCCUAAUAGCUUAAUCCAAAGGAAGAACAAUCACCAACAAGCCAGGCUUAUGCUACAAAGAAUAAGAGGUACAACUGAUGUCCAAGAAGAACUCAAUGACCUCAUUGAAGCAAGCUCAAGCUCUCAGAAUAUCACACUCAAGAUGUUUCUUUUACAAAGAAACUAUCGACCUCAGCUUGUGAUGGCGACAGCAAUACCAUUCUUCCAACAGAUGACAGGAAUUAACGUUGUGGGUUUCUAUGCCCCAGUAUUCUUCCGCACAAUCGGGUUUGGUGAAUCAGCAUCUCUCUUUUCAUCCGUGGUGGUUGGCAUUGUACAGAUUGCUGCAGACGGGUUUGCGGUCCUAACUGUUGACAAAUUUGGGAGAAGAAGAUUAUUCCUCUGGGGCGGCAUAUUGAUGUUAGUGCCAUUUAUAGUGGUAGGAAGUAUACUCUCAGCAAAGCUAGGAGAUCAUGGUAAUUUAAGUAAAGGAUAUUCUUAUAUAAUAUUGAUCCUUCUAUGCAUUUACAGUGCUGGUUUUAGUUUCUCUUGGGGUUCACUAGGAUGGUUGAUACCAAGUGAAAUCUUUCAGCUUGAAAUAAGAUCAGCUGCUCAAGGUAUAACCGUGGCGCUGAGCUUCAUCUUCACUUUUCUUAUUGCACAAACACUUUUGACCAUGUUAUGCCACUUUAAGGCUGGGAUUUUCUUCUUCUUCGCGGGGUGGAUUGUGUUAAUGACUGCUUUUGUGCACUUCUUGCCGGAGACAAAGAACGUGCCUCUCGAGAAAAUCGACUUGUUAUGGAAGCAGCAUCCGAUCUGGAGGAGGAUAAUUGGAGAGGAUGGCAAGGAGAAUGAAGAUUCUGCAAGUAGUUGAAGGAGAUGUGAAAGUAUUAGAGGUGUUCACAUAAUAAUGCAACAACAGAAACCAGACUCAGAAGAUGAAUCUGGCUCUGAAACAAGCUCAUCAGACUCCUCAAGCUCAGAUGAGAGUGAUAGUGAUGAUAAUAGGCCUAAGAAAAAGAGAAAGAAUGCUACUGGUGGUGUCACUUUCUGUAAACUCACAAGGAAAGAAAGAUGAUCUUCUAAAAUAAAGACUUCCAGAUAUAUCUACCCUGUGUGUGUUCCAUUUACAUGUGGUUUUUCUGUCAAAAAAUUAAUAAUGUAAUUUCAUUUAAGGUUAUGUUAUGCAUAAGUUUUUGAAAUGGUGUUAACAUACUUCUAUAAGAUGUGAAAAGCUAGUUAUAGGUAGAUCAUAAGAAAUGAAAGAAGUUGCUUUAUUUUCUGUUUA